AUGAGCCAAUUCCAAGCUUUCGAUUAUGGCGCGGUGGGACUGAGAACGGCAUCAACCGAGAUCCGGCUGCUAGACCUCUACCCUUCACAUGGUUUGGUAGAUGACCGUCUGAUCGGCCGUCUUUACACGACCUCCAUUGAAAGCCCAUCACCCUAUAUCGCUCUCUCGUAUGUUUGGGGUUUAGGCGACAAAACUCAAUCGAUUCAGAUAUCAAACUUGAAUGAUGAUAAAGAGACUUUUAUACCCAUCACGGAGUCGCUGGAGACCGCACUGCGUCAUUUCCGCAAACAAGAUGAGGUUAUCACGCUAUGGAUCGAUCAGAUCUGCAUUAACCAGGCAGACAAUAAAGAAAAAGGUCAGCAAGUCGCGAUGAUGGGGAGUAUCUACUCGUCUGCGACACAAGUGCUAGUAUGGCUUGGGCCAGCUCAAGAUGGCUCCAACGAAUUGAUGGGAGCAUGGCAAGACAUUGGGCAACGAGCUCGGCAGUUUGGACUGGAGAGCUAUUUGAACCCACAGAGUUACCACCUCAUAUCAGCACUGGGAAGAAGCAGGGACCCCUCUGAUGAGACUGCUGUGAGCUACCAAGGCUUGUUGACCAGUACUGUUGAGGUAUUUGCUCCGUUGCUAAAGGAAAUGACGUUGAAGAGGUGGUUCGAGAGACCGUACUUCUCACGAGUCUGGAUCAUCCAAGAAUUUUGUUUGUGCCCCGAUACCAUCUUCGUGUGCGGUUCCAAAACGAUACCCGUGGACUUCGUCAAAUUCGCGGUACUGCUGCUUCAAACCGCAAUAGGCAACAUGCCACAGGGCGACUACGAGCAGCUUCAACCGCCUGAGAUGCCUCUGGAGAGACUGUCCGAAGUAUCCUCUGAACCAACAGCACGGCUAUUUGGUUGUCGCUCACGUCAUCAGAAGCAUAAGGACGACGAGCUGUACAUGUUGUUGCGCAGACUAUUCGUUGAGCUUGAGACGAAUGCGACUGUGCAUCGUGACCGCAUCUUUGCACUUCUUGGUCUAGCUGCAGACACUGAGAAGCUUGGGAUCCAGCCGGACUAUGAAAGAAGCACAGAACUUAUCCUGACGCAAACGGCGCGCACGUUGAUUGAGAAGAGUGGACGGGUGGACCUGCUGUGCUACUCUCAGUUUCCAAAGCUCGAUGAGCUUUCACACCUACCAUCGUGGGUUCCGGACUGGCGAUCUAACCUCAGUCGUUCGUUCUACACUCUUAAUGAACGUAUUGAUAUGCAUCUAUUUGCCGCCUCCGGUCAGGAUAGUGUUGUUGAGGUUGUGCAACACCCCAAUGACACCUCGGAUAUUUUAGGACUUCGAGGCUAUAAUAUUGAUGUGAUUGAGGAAGUUGCUGAAGGUGACGGUUGGAUGGACAUGAGCUGGGACUAUGAGAGAUAUCUUGGCUAUAUGGCCCAGAUUGAUGAGUUGUGGCAAAAGUCCAUGGAGAAAGCCCUCAACGGACGAACCCUAAUUCGAAAAGAAGAGGCUCGGUGGCGUGUGCCUAUCGGAGACAUCUACUGGACGUGGGAAGGGGAUAAACAAAGAGCUGAACCGGAAAUAGCAACGUUUCACAAACAAUUCCUUCAAGAGCUGGAAUUGUUUGGUGAGAUGACUCGACUGGCAGCUGUGGGAGAAGACGUUUCGGAUAAGUGCUUGCAGUGGGAGGAGGAACAUCGAGGCGCAGAGACGAAGCAUAAUUAUCGUGAGAGUAUGAGGAAGAUGCAGGGCAAGCGACCAUUCGUCACAAGAAUGGGAUAUUUGGGGAUGGGUCCUAUGGAGGGUAGAACUGGUGAUGUCGUUGCUGUCUUUUGUGGCGGGCGAAUUCCUUUUGUGCUACGUCCUGUUGAAGGCUUGAGCGAGCUUGGGGGGUUCUCUUAUAUCGGUGAGGCUUAUUGCGACGGUGUUAUGGAUGGUGAAGUUACGAGCAAGGCGAAACAGACCCUCUGGCUUACCUGA